AUCUAUGAUCAAUGAGGAGGGCAGGCUGAUGCUAUUGGGCGGCCGGGCAUAGGGUAUAUAUUUCCUCAUAUUUAACACAACAAACAGCAAAUAAGGUAUGCGUACAGAUUGUUUUAACCAUUAGGUGUAAUUCAUUCAGCAAAUAAUUUGUUGACUAUUUGUUUCGUGCUAUCUUUGUUCCUCCUCACGCAGAGUAGACACCUUGUGUAAACAGAAAUGAGGCGUCCGUCACCAUAUUGGCUUUUCUCACAUUUAAUACGACCGAGGAACAGAUAUACAGUGUAAUGAAUAUAUACAACAAGAAUGAGUAAAUAAACGAUUGAAAUAUUUCAUUUACGAAACUCGCUCGCGAACUCUUUGUCCCUCCUCGCACGCCAUAGAAUCCCCCCAAAACGUGAGUGUGUCGUCCUUCCGUCACCGAGUUCCAUUUUCCAUUGAACGCACGUUUGUAACAACACGUUCAACUUUACUGCAAUAAACCCACGACGUGUUUAUUUAUUUUUUAUUGCGUGGCUUGUCGCUUUAAAGCCGCUUUGCCUCCUGCCGCCGAGCCUGCUGAGCUAAGCGGCUACCACACGAGAGCUAAAAAAAAAUAAAAAUAAAAGGAAGGAAAAAUAACAGGCGCAAACAUCCUAUUUAUUAAUAGCUGAAUCGGUGACGUCAUCGCCAACAUGUCGGCGGCGCAGAACGAGUUUCGGAAGCGCGGCAAGAAGCACUUCGGAGGCGGUCAGCAUCACGCUAAACGCUGGAGGGGCUCCAGGGAGCUAGAGGUGGGCAUGCAAGGCAUCCUGAUCACAUGCAACAUGAACCAGAGAAAGUGCACGGCGGAGGCCUUCAACCUGCUCAACGAGUACGCAGACCAGCUGUACGGAGCCGAGAAGUUUGAUGAUGAUGCUGGAGGCUGCAAUGAAGAAGAAGAAAACGCCAAAGAAGAAGAAGAUGUGGAGGAGGCUCUGAAGAAGGAGAUGGCGCAGCUGCGAGCAUACGGUGGGAGACAGGAGCGACGUUUCCAGGCUCUGGAGAGCGGGGCCAACAACGUCAUCUUCAUCAGGACCCGCAACCUGGAGUCUGACAGGCUGGUUCAUCACAUCCUGUCCGAUCUACACGCCACCAAGAAGAAGAAGACGCGCGUCAUCCUUCGCAUGCUUCCGGUAACAGGCACGUGCAGGGCCUUCCCGGAGGACAUAAUGAGAUAUCUGGCCACCUUCCUAGAGCCUUGGUUCAAGAAGCCCAACUGUGCCACCUACCAGAUUGCCUUCAAGGCGCGCAACAACAGCCACAACAAGAGAGACGAUGUCAUCAAGGCUAUCGCCGGCCUGGUGGGCAAGCUGAACCCCAAGAACAAGGUGGACCUGACCCAGCCGGACCUCACCAUCAUCUUGGAGGUGAUCAAGGCCGUAUGCUGUGUCAGCGUGGUCCGCGAGUACACGCGCUACAGGAAGUACAACCUGCAGGAAGUGGUCAAGGAUGAAGAGCCCAAGAAGGAGGAAGGCGGCACUGUAACCGAAAAAGCAGCUGAAGCAGCAGUCAGCGAGGAGAACGCGGCCAAAAAGGAGGAAACCAACACCGUAACCGAGAAAGUAUCUGAAGCAGGAGCCGGCGAGGAGAGCGCGGCCAAAAAGGAGGAAACCAACACCGUAACCGAAAAAGCAUCUGAAGCAGCAGCCAGUGAGAAGGAGGCACCCAAGGAGGAAGAAGGCAACACCGUAACCGACACAGCAGUAGUAGACAGCGGUGAGGCGGAAGAAGCCAAAGAGAAAGAAGGUGAAGCUGUCACUGAAACAGCAGCAACAGGCACUGGAGAGCUGGAGGAGGAGGAAGACAUGCAGGAAGAAUCUGCAAAGGAGGACGAUGAUGAUAAGGGUGAAGGGGAUGGAAAGUAACUUUUUUUUAUUGUCAUUUUAUUUUAUUUUGCAAAAGUAGAUUUUUUGUUUUUUGUUUUUUGUUUUUUUUUAAAUCAAGCGAGGUUAGUAAGCUGUUGAUGCGCUGUCUUUUUAACCUUCCAACUUUUUUUUUUUUUUUUUUACUUUUAGAUUUUGGUUGUCAUUGUUUGUAACAUUCUGGUUUUCUGUAAAGAAAUGUCCAGAAUUAAACGUGGUUUUGACUCCUCUUU